CUGUGAUUGGAGCUUGGCUUAGGGAGCUUAGUCGAUAAUGGCUAUGCGAAGGGAGAACUGAAAGUUGUUGGUGCAUCGUUUUGUGGUCCUUCUGGUGCUGGAGUCUGUUUUGUUUGCUGCUCGAUCUCACUCCAGUGGAUAUAUAACAUGGGUUGGGCCCUGACCAACGCUUUUGUUGUUUUGAGACCAUCAGCUUUCGCAAUGAGGUGUUUUUUUGCCUCUUUCUUCUUUCUCAUCCUCUCGAGCUCAUCUUCUGGCUUUCUUGUUAAAAGGGACCAGUUGGAAUUCAACAGCUCUCGAUACGAUACGUGUGUUGAGCAUCAGGAUGUGUGCAGCCAGGCCAAUACUACAAUAACCAGCGAAUGUUCAAAUUCAAGCGAGUUACUGGAUUUGGUGGCCAACAACAACAGCACCGAUAAUAGCACGCUUGUGGAUAUUGGCUACGGGUUGUUGGACUGUUUAUGUGAUUUGAGCAACGACGAGUUUUGGAUCAAUGUUUAUGGGUGUUACAGAUGCGAGACAAAUAAUUCAAUCGGCCAAGUCGAAGCUUUUAAAAGUAUAUAUUGUGAUGCUGUAGAUGAUUACGAGACAAGAACUGGGACUGCAAGUGGAGUUAGUACUGCUAGCACCAGUGGUAGCACAAGCAGAAACACUGAAAGCAAUACAGAUCGUGACAGUACUGAUAGCAGCGAGGGAAUUGGUAACAAAAUCAAUAUUAACAUUAACAAUUCGCUAAUUAUGAUGAUCCUAUGUAAUUUACUUUUAUAAAGCAAGAACUAUUUCCCUAUUCAUUUACUUAUAUUUACCUAUGCUUUCUUAUAUUUACCUAUGCUUUCUUAUAUAUGUUAUUUGAGAAUAUCUAAUCUCCUAAUCUAUGGCCUUUGCCUUUGAAUAAAUGAUUUGAAUUGGAUUUUGGCUUGUACUUAAUGGAAGAUGAGGUGGCAAUAAAUCUAGAAUUCGACUUUGAAUUUGAAUUAAAAUUAGAACCCGAAUUAGAAAAAGAGGAAGAAGUAUUGGACA